GUUUAUUCCGGAGUGUCAGCACGGCAAUUAUCAAAGCUUUAAACGAAAUGAAAGUAACAUUAAUUUUUACAUUUUGAUAUUACAAAAAUAAAAAUUAUUAUGGUUGUGUGUAGGUUUUUUCUACAAGGUAACUGCAGAUAUGGAAAUAAUUGUUGGAAUGAACAUCCAAGUGGCGGAAAUCAGGGUUAUAGUGUGACAGCUCAGAGACAGUUGUUUGGUGGUGGUGGUGGUGGUGGCGGGAGAAGAGGGGGAGGUGGAGGGGGAGGACAGAAGGUGUCAUUUAGAGAUUCGUUUGGUCAAUCUCAAAAUCAGAAUCCGUAUCGCUGGCUUUCCCAGGAUGCACAGCAACAACAACAACAACAACAACAGGGUAGAAAUGCUGCAGCUAAUACACAGCAGAUGUCAGCUGCUGAUAUUGUGAAAGGACUGGCAGUGGAAGUUGCUCAGACAUGGGAAGGCGGGAAUAUGUGGCCAUUUUCUUGUCUAGGUUUUGAGAAGGAUUUGCCUAGUUUACCAGGUUUUAUGGAUAUUUCACCGGAGGAAAUGAGACUUGAAGCUUAUGAAGCCUUGAAAUCAGGAAAUAUUCAACCAUAUGUACAGAAACUGGAGGGAGCAUUUAAUCAACUGAAUACACAGAGACAAGAGUUAAAAAAUCCAAAUUUAUCGUUGAAACAGAAAUUGAUUUCAUUUAUAGAUGACUGUCGGAGGAAGAAAAAUUCAGGGUCGGGUGGAGCAGUAUCGUUAUUUAGUGAUUCAAACUCGGGAGAUCUAUUUGGAAGUAGCAACAGCGGAGGACUGUUUGGUUCAAGUACAACUGGUACCCAGCCAAGUUCUGGGCUGUUUGGUCAGCCACCAGCAUUUCCUGACCCAGGGAACCAAUCUGUCUUUGGCCAAUCUGGUGCACAGUCAGUUUUUGGCCAAACUGGUGCACAGUCUGGUUUUGGUCAAACUGGUUCUCAAUCUUUAUUUGGACAGAGCAGUUCCCAGUCUACAUUUGGUGAGACUGGUACACAACAGCCAGGGUUAGGACAGACUGGCUCAUUAUUUGGACAAGGUGCUUUUGGGCAAAGUACACAAUCAGGAAGUGCAUUUGGACAAAGUGGAUUUGGUCAGGCUGCAGCUAGUACUUUUGGCCAAAAUCAAACUCCGACAGCGGGUUUAUUCGGUAAACCAGCAGACAAUUCAUCUUUUGGUGCAGCAAGUUUUAGUACCCCACAACCCACAGGUGCCUCAGGAUCUUUAUUCCAAGCAUCUACACCCUUUACACAAUCAAGUGCACCUGCUAAAAAUUUGUUUGGAAACACAGUGACAGUUGUUCCCCCUGAAUCAGGAUUUGGCAGUGCGUCAGCCGCAGAAAAUCAACCAGUCCAGCAAGCUCAGGCAUCAGGGGAGACAACUUCUGUUUAUACUCCAUUAGACAAAUUGACAGCCGAAGAAUUAGAACAUUUUAAAGCACCAAUGUUUUCUCUUGGAUUUAUUCCUACAAAACCACCUCCUAGAGAACUGUGUUUAUAAGAGUUGGAAAAAGUAAAAAAUGAAUGAUAUUGUAAUCUAUUUGAAAAAGGCAUACCAUCUUCUAACUGUAUUUCAUAUAUUGAUGAAAUUUAAUGUAUUAUCAAAAACACUUUGAGUCUUAUUUUAAAAUGCCAUUAUAAUAUUGUAAGACUGUGCCAUAGUGGAAUGCUUCAACCAAAGAAUUUUGCAGUUAAAAAAUUAUACAUAGUUACUAUGCCCCUGACAAACACAGUUAAAGUAGGUAUAUAGAAAUUGCUCUUUAAAUUAUUAAAUAUGUCAAUUUUCCUGUCAGUCUGUGGCAUAUAAUUUUGUUUGUAGUAUAACAUAUAGGAGGUACCACGUUUAUGUGAAGUCUUCAUGGGGGAUAAGAGCAUGAAUCAUGACUUAAAUUCACAAUAAUUUUUUAAUAAGAGUUAUUGUCCUCUGCUAUAUUAUAUAAUCUUCUCAUUUUAUCUGCUGCAUUAUUGAAGAAGUUGAAGCUUUAUCAGUAUGAAAUUUCAACAGUCCACUCAGUGACCCUGGGUCUUUCACAUUCUUCUUUAUUUGAAAGGACUUAAAUUGUUCAUAAAAUUUAACUGUACAUGUAUUUACUGCUAAAUGAACAUUUGCAAUUGUAAGAAGAAAUGAAAAUUAACAGUUUAUAACAUGACAUUAACUUCAUCAGCAAUAUUUGUGAUUUAAAAUUGUCAUCACAUCUGGAAGUGUUUGAUUCCCAACCAGAUAUCACCAUUUUAGAUAAAAAAAUUUUUAAUGUUUUGUAAGUUGGUAAAAUUUCUUAUAUUUAAAUUUAUUGGCAACAUUGUAAAAACUAUAUAACUUUGAAAAAGAAUACAAAUGAUAAUAGUUUGUAAAGUUGUCAUUUAAAUUAAAUGUAAAGCUGCUAGAAUAUAAGGUGAUUAAUCCCUUUGGUAUGUCUGUACAGCGUUACCAGGCUUCAUAACUGUUGGUAGCAAAACUUUUGUAGUUUUGAUAUUAAUGUACUUUAAAUGGACUGAUUCAAAUUUAAAAUUGUAUAAAUCAUUCACAUAAAUUCUGCAGUUUAUGGGUAAGAGGUGAAAAUUCCAAAUGUAAGUUUUUAUACCAUAAUUUUGUAUUAAGUCCAUAAUUGAUAAUCUUUAAUGAUAGCUUUAAAGCUGCAUGCCUGAAGAUGAGCCAAACUAUUUCGAAAAAAUAAAACUUGAGAAAAAUGUACAUGUACUAAGAUUUUAAGAAAAGUAAAACAAUUCAAGUAAUAAUUUACAUGUUGUGUGUGAUUAAUGACUGAUUUUGUAGUAUUUAUCACUAUUAUAUUUCUACUGCAAGGGCUAUUUUGGCCUUUAUUUGGUAAUAUAUGUGGAUUGUAAAUGCUGAUUUGCAAUGUGAAAAUUACUUUCUUCAUUCGCUUCACAGUAUUUUACUUUUCAAUAUAUUUUCAAAAUUUUCAUGAAAAUAAGCAUGAAUUUGAAGGCAUACUGCUUUAAGUAUCUCUAGAUGUACAUUUAAUGUAGAAAUUAUGUUAAUGAAGCAGAAUGUUAUUUUUAAAAAAAGAUAAAUGUAAUUGGGAAGAUAUUUGCUAUAUUUAUGAAAAUUUAAUGAUUAUGUUGAUAUAUGUACGGCAUUAAAUUUUAUUUUUUCAAACAAAUAUUUGUCAGUGUAAGCACUUCUUCCAGUUUUGGUUAACACCAUUCUAAGGAAUGGAUGUCAAGUGAGCUAUCUAAGGCCAUCAUGGCUCUCUUGUAGCUUUAUAAGAGGAGGAAGUCCUGAAGGAUGAAGCAGUGAAUAUUAUUAUACGAAUAACCAGGCACCUAAAUAAUUAAUAGAUUAAUUAUGUGAUGAUAAUUUAUUGUUAAUCUUUAAAGUUUCCAUGUGAUCCUCAUACCCUGAUUCCUCAGUAAAAUUACAUAACCUAAAAAUAUUGUUAAGUUAUAUAACCUAUAAAUUCUUAUGAAUGAUAGAGCCUAUAAUCUUUAUAAAUUAUUUGAUUUAAAUUGUUAUAAUAAUUAUAAUGAACUAAAGAUCCUUAUGAAUUAUGUAACUUGAAAAUUCUUAUAAAUUAUAUAACCUUAAAUUAUCAUUGAUUAUAUAACCUUAAAAAAAGCAUAUGCCUUUGAUAACAAUGAUAUAUUUUGAUGCAUUAUUCACAACUUAUGUAACAUAGCAUCCUAUUCUACUUAUGUGGCAUAUUUUCCAACUCAUUUGUAUGUUAAUUUGCAGAAUUAACAACUUUAUUGAUCGUUUAAAUGUCUGUUAAAUCACAUAAAACUUGUACAUAUCAUUUUCACAAAUCAAAGUCUGAAUAUUUAAAAUGAAACAGAGGCGAAAUUGAAGAGAGGCAACAAGUUUUUUUUCCAAGUACAAUUGAUAGGAAUAAAUUCAUAUUUUGAUUUUAUGGUUUUGAACUGUAAUAGGAUGUGUGAUUGAAUGUGCCAAAAUAAUCUUUUGAACCUG